AUUAAAAAAAAUCCAAAGUACUGUUGGUGCAAACUUGUUUACGGAAUAACGACUCUUGCACAUGCAACACCAACGCGCUACUCUUUCCAGCUCACUUCACUCGACAGGAAAACAGACGUAGGCGACUCCCCGCCCUCUCUUCUUCUUAAAAAAAUAGGAAGUGAUCUCACCACGUUUAAUUUCCUCUUCUUAAAGACAGAUCUACUUUUUUAUGUCUUGCAAUCUUAUAACUGACUUUAGAAAGCAUAUAUUUUUGUACUAAUUUAUUCGUCUUUUGCCUGCAGACGUACGCGCUGAUAGUUUCCUGGUAGUAUGAGGAUUUAUUGCUUGUAUAACUUAUGUCGGGGUCUCCAGCUGGAAGAUCUGGGCUAGACAUGGACAGCUCUGUCACACUCUGGCAGUUCCUGCUUCAGCUUCUGCUCGACUCCAGCAAUAAGCACUUGAUAAACUGGACUUCAGAUGAUGGGGAAUUCAAGCUUCUGCAGGCAGAAGAGGUGGCCCGACUGUGGGGCGUACGAAAGAGUAAGCCAAGCAUGAACUAUGAUAAGCUGAGCCGUGCCCUACGAUACUAUUACGACAAGAAUAUAAUCAAGAAGGUGAAUGGAAAGAAGUUUGUGUACCGUUUUGUGUCUUAUCCAGACAUCCUGAAUCGGGACCCACUUACCGUGAUCAGAUCUGACCUUCCUGUUAGCAGUGCUGUCAGAGCAGAAUCUUCAUCUUGUGAAAAAGAUGAAACUCCCAAGGACAAGGAAAACAGAAGUAAGGGAGAGAAGGCAGGAAGUCAGGGGUCCAGCAAAGCCUCCAGUCGAAAUGACUAUAUCCAUUCUGGACUUUACACAUCAUUUACUCUGAACUCCCUUCAGGCCAACACACAGCUGUUCAGAUCUAUCAAAGUAGAAAACCCAGCAGGGAAACUGGCUGAGAAAAAGAUGACACAGGAAACCCCUCAGUCUGUCAUUAAGUUUGGGUCAACCCCUUCUAAAAAGCCUCCCACCCAAAGUCCAGUGGAGGGUGUUUCCAAAGCAACCCCUCCUGUCUUGCUUGCCCCUGUUUUGAUUGGACAGAACUUAUAUGUGGACCCGACAGACAGCAAGGACGGCAAAUCUAAAGAAAAUAGUGUUAAUCCAGUGGGAGUUUCCCCUUCUGGGCAAGAUGCAGCAUUUUCUAUUGGUUCUCCAUCAGUCCCUUCACGUUCGCCUUCCCCAAGUUUAGCUCCAGACUCUGCACAUGAGCUUGUGAUCGACACAGACAUAGAAUCUACAUCUUCUCAACCACCAAAUUUGAGGCUACAGUCAGAACUGUCUCCUUCAUCAUAUGAAGCAAGUAUCUCAGACAGAGACCUUGAGAAACUGCCAUGUAGAAUUAACAGUAACAAUCUUACCACCAAGUCAAAGAAGCCAAAAGGUUUGGAGCUGACUCCUGUACUGGUGGUCACAAGUAGUGACCCAAGUCCUUUGAGCCUGGCCAGUCCAUCACUGCCCACAGCAUCACUGACCCCUGCUUUCCUUCAGACCCCAACUCUGUUGCUGACCCCAAGUCCGUUACUGUCUAAUAUUCACUUCUGGAGUACGCUGAGCCCAGUGGCACCUCUGAGCCCUGCAAGGCGACAAGGAACACAUACUUUAUUUCAGUUUCCAUCAGUUUUCAACAACCACAUGCAGUUACCUGUUUCCAAUGUGGAUGGAUCCAAUACCCCUGGACCAUUGUCACCAGACCCGCAGAAGACAUAGUGUGUUUUUUUUUUUUUUUUUUUUUGAACUAUUCAGAAUAAAGAAAAACAGGUUAAGAAAUUACUAAUUGUGUUAAAUAUGGAGUUUGCCAAAGCCAAGGCUGAACAAAUUUAGUUAAUCUAAAGGGCAUAGUUGUGUGGCUAAAUCUCUACCAGACGUGAAUGGUUGGCCAUACACUGUAACUUCACCCUAUCAUCUUUUUCAGAAGAAAAUACUUUGGCAGCAACUCAGCCACAUAAACCAACAGAGUUUUACAGGAGCCCAACAGGGAAAAGGAGAUGGCCAUAAAUAUAUAUACAUGUUUUUUUUUUGCUUUUUUAAUAGAUUUUUAAUUGCCACUUUCAAGAACAAGACAUAAUGGAGCAUCAUUUAUUGAUUUCUUGAUCUGCAGUUUCUAAUGAAUUUAGACGAAAAAUUGUGUGGCUUGCUUAAGACAUUGACACUUUUCUUUGAUGCAGCUUCUGGUCCUUGGUUCUGUGUUAGAAGAUAAGACCUUCUCAGUGAUGCAAAUCUUGAAAAGGAUGUCUAAAUAUGCUCAAUAAGUAAAACUGAAACAUUCAAGUAUAAGUCUCGAAAAAGAGGGCUACUAGAAGGUUAUCUACUGAGUCAUAGCUGGGAUUCACAACAUUUUCUAGAUUUAUGUUGGUUCAUUCCUGUGAGGUCGCUGGAAAGGGGUUUGUGGUGCUCUCGAUAUCUUUGCAAAAGGACGAAGGUCCAAGUCUUUGGAGUCCUGGUGCAUCCUGUUUUUCUCUAUGGUUACAUGACAUGUAUGCUGUCCAGUGACCUGAGACAAAGACUGGACUUCUUUGGUACUGUGUUUCUGCGGAGAAUCCUUGGGUUCCGCUGGUUUGACUUUGUGUCGAAUGAGCAGUUGCUCAUGGAGUUCCAAAUGAGUCACAUUUACCUGCAUUGUGAGGGAGCGUCAGAUAUGGCACUUCGGCCAUGUGGCACGAUUCCUAGAGGGUGAUCCAGCUUGAAGGAUUGUCAUUGUUGAGGACCCAAGCAGCUGGACCAGGCCAAGGGGGUGCCCACGUAACACCUGGCAGCAGCAGAUAGAUAGUCAUUUCCGGAGGGUGGGACUGGACCACGUGCCUACUUGAAGGGUUGCCAACCGGGAUCCCGAGCUGUUUUGUCAUGUGGUGGUUGCGGCAAUGUGCUGUACCAGUGCAUGCUCCCCAGCCUGACCUGAUUCCCUUGGCAUCACUGAAGUUAGAACUCACUAACAUACAGUGCCCAGCUCAGAGCAUAAAGUGAAGAGGUGGCAUCCAUUUAAACAAUUUGUAGCAUGUAACCUUUUACUUUAAACAUUUACUAUGCAAACACAAAUUUUGGGAUAGGCACAUUCCUACUAUAAUUAUCAAACAAUAUCUGCUCCUGACAAAAAUGCACAUUAUGUAGGUAAAAAGUCGGGAGUUAGUUUUAUAAGGGAAACAAAUCUUAACAAAGAAUUUGUUAACCGUGACAGUUUCUCGUUAUAUUCAUACCUCAGUAAUAUGGCUCCAAAAUAUAUUUACUUCGUUUAUUCCUUAAUUUAUUCUCAUGAGAAUAUUAAGCAGGUAGUUUUCAGUGAAUAAAUGUGCAUUGAGACUUAUAAAUAGCUAAACUGAUUAUAAAUCAAAAUCAAUAACUUUUUUUGAUUAGUUUUUAACUUAUACAUUAACUACUAUUGUGUUUGAUAAUGUAAUUAUAACAGAAUGGCAUCGGUAACAUAGGUUCAAUAAUAAAACAAUUAGAGUUAUACAGUAUGUGAUCAGAGUUACAUGUUUAACAAUAAGACAGUAUAAUGUUCCAGAUCAUUAGAUAUGAGAAAAUGCCAUAUCUUAACUUGCAUAAGGAAUUUUUCUUUAGAGCCUCUAUUCCAUUUUAGAAGUCUAAGCCACCUGACUUUCUAAAUAAAUAUAACUUAAUAGGCUGGUUGAAAAUGAACUUUUCAACAAUAAUUAAUAUUUUAGAGUUGGUCUGUCUAAAAUCAUACAUUAAAAGGUCUCUUUUAAUAUAAAAGGUAUUUGUUAUACAAUAUGCAUUUAUGUUAAUUGUCAAGUUUCUUCACUGUCAACAUUUCAGUUGUGAAGAAGGGUAUGUCGGCACACUUGGGUCUGUAAAAAUACAGUCUUUACUCUCUAAUGAAUAUAAAGGAUACUGCUUUGUUGGGUUUCUUUAUUUCGAUUGGAUCCAGCAGGCAAACUUUCGAGGUUUAUUUCGAUCAGCAGAUUUAUGUCGGCAAACUUGGGUCUGUAAAAAUUCAAUCUUUACUCUCUAAUGAAUAUAAAGGAUACUGCUUUGUUGGGUUUCUUUAUUUUCUUUUGUCAUACAAUUGGAGCCCUUGUGUAGUUUGUGGGAGAAGCCUGUGCUUUUGGAGACUUUCCCACACAGUAUUUCCAAUAUCUAUAAUUUUCCUGCUUGUUUUUAUUUCUUUUUGUAAAUUUUUUAUUGUUAUUUUUAAUUGUGAAUGUGCACUUUUAUUUGCAGAUGUCGAUAUAUAUAUCUAUGUCUACGUCUGCAGACACGCAUGUAUGUAUGUAUGUAUGUAUAUUCAUUCUUCAGUUUUUGGACAUAUUUAGAUACUAUUAUCAUAAAUGAAAUAUAAUUUCUUGGCUUGUUAAACUUUAAAAGAGAUUAUUUUGUGGAAAACAUGCAGGUUUUGCAUAAAUCUAUGCACAAAGUAUUCUUGCUACAGGGUGCUCUAAUUUUAACUGGAUGUUAUUCUUAAAAAGUAUUUUUUUAACUUGUGUGUUUGUUUCUUCCUACCUAAAUGUUACUCUUAAAAUUAUAAGGAAUACUAUUUUUGUAGAGAAUGGUACCCAGUAUUUUCAGACUUAAAAUUUUUAGUGAUGUAUGAACAGUGGGUAUAGAAAAGAAUUAAAAUAUUCACAUUUUGUUGUUUUAAAGUCUAAAAUGAAAACACACGCAAAAAUGCUUGUUCAGCUUUAUUUACUCGAUGCAACCUAUAACAUCUAAGUGAAAGAUAUAAUAGCAAUAGUUCAGAAAAAUAAUAAUAAAUAAAAAAACAGAAUGGUUAAAGGAUGCCCCCCCCCCCCCAAACAAUAUUCAGUCAGGUGUAAGUAAUCUCCUUGUCCAUUGCACACCAAGCUAAUUGGCUUCCACUUGUGACCAACAGUAAUCACUGCGAGUAGUUCAGCAUAAACACAGCACAGUACUUGAACGUGUCACUGGAAGCAAACCAUUGACUGGCAAGGCAAGGCACUUUCUAAAGAUCUCAGGGAUAAAGUUGUAGACAGGCACAAGUCAGGAGAUGGGAUAUAAAAAGAUUACAAAAGCUUUAUCAACCCCAAGGAGCACAGUAAAGUCGAUAACUAAGAAACUGGAUGGAAGAGCAAUGACGAAACUUGUCAGUGAGGCUACCAAGAGGCCACUUUGAAGGAGUUGCAGGACCGUGUGAAUGUAACAACAUUAUCACAAAUGCUCCAUCGUUGUGGCUUGUAUAGGAGGGCUGCAAGGAAAUGGCCACUCCUCAAGAAAGGCCACAUUAAGUCUUGUUUGAGCUUUGCCAAAAUGCACCCUGAAGAUUCUGAGAUCAAGUGCAAAAAUGCGUUAUGGUUAGUUGAGACCAAAAUCAACCAAUUUGACCUCAACACCAGGUGGUAUAUCUGGCGGAAAACCAAUACAGCUUACCAUCCAGUGAACGGCAUAUGUACAGUAAAGAAUGAAGGGGGAAGCAUCCUGUUGUGGGGUGUUUCUUUGCAGUAGGGAAUGGGGCACUAGUAGAAGGAAAAUUGGACGAGGCAAAAUACUGUUAAAUUCUUGAUGGAAUUGUGCUGCCCCCUGCUAGAAAGUUGAAGAUGGGAAGAAGGCUCACCUUUCAUUGUGACAUGACAGUGACCUGAAGCACACAGCAAAACUGACCACACAGUGGCUGAAAGAGAAAAAAGUGAAUGUCCUUGCGUGGCCUAGUCACAGUCCAGACUUAAACCCUAUUGACAAUCUGUGGAAAGAUUUUCAGUUUGCAGACGACCAGUGGUCACCAUCCAGUUUGACUGAGCUUGAACAGCUCUGUAAAGAAGAGUGGGCAAAUAUGGCUUAGUCUAGAUGUGCAAAGCUGGUAUUGAAGAAUCCCAACAAACUCCAAGACUGUAAUUAAAGCGAAAGGUGGUUCUUUAAAUUACUAUUAUCAAUUCAAACAUUAUCAGGUUUUUAUUUAUUUAUUAUUUUUCCAAACUGUUGCUAUUAAAUCUUUGACUUGGAUGUUAUAGAUUGCAAUGCAUAAACAAAGCUGAAAAAAUAUUUUUGUGAGUGUUUUUAUUUUAGGCUGUAAAGCAACAAACUGUGAAUAUUUUCAAAGGGGGUGAUUCUAUUCUAUACCCACUGUAUUAAGAUAUAAAUUUACACUAAAGUCAAAAGUUUUAAAGCAUCCCAUUUCUCCAGUUUUUAUUAAAUUUUAAGCAAUUCAAGUCUAGUGAAUAGCCUGAACUGGUAUAUUAGUAAGCAGCAAACUGCUGGAGUUACAAAAAUAAUGCUUAGGUUACCACAAAUUGAAAAUUAAUGUAAUUGUCUGAGUUAGACAUGAAGGCCUUUUUUCAGGGAACAUGUAAUGGGUUAUCAACAUAUAGGUUAACAGCAGCAAUGGAAGUUAAUUAAGCCAGGAAAGUUGAUGCAAACAAUUCCUACGGGUGUCCCAUGUUUAGCAGAUUAAUUACAAAACCCUUUGUCUGUAUGUGAUGUGUUGCUAUACCCUCUAAAGUAUUAUUUAGACAAUAUUGCACUGUAUAUUGUUAUCAUAAUGUUUAGUAAAAGGCAAUUAACAAAGAAAGACAGACUGACCACUGUCAAACUCUCAAAGUGUAGGUCUUUUAGGUAAUUUGCAAAGAAAGCCAAGGGGUCAGUUAGUAGAGUUUCCUAUACCAUCAAUGGGAACUCUGAGAAGAAGAGGAAGCCACACAGAAUCAGACAACAGGUUUCUGAAAGUGUGAUAGGCGCCUCACAGCACAACAGCUUCAAGUUGGCUCUGAGGCUAGGGAUCUGCACUGGCAAUCGGAAGGUUGCCAGUUCGAAUCCCGUAAAUGCCAAAAGGGACUCUGCUCUGUUGGGCCCUUGAGCAAGACCCUUAACCUGCAAUUGCUGAGCGCUUUGAGUAGUGAGAAAAGCGCUAUAUAAAUGCAAAGAAUUAUUAUUUUUAUUAUAAGCAGAGUGAUCGAAGUAAGCAAGCAUCACUUGACUUUUGAGCUGCAGUUUUGACAGGUUGAGCAGCAGUAAGAAAGUAAUUUCUAAAAUGGUGAAAGGUUUUAAAACAUCCCCAUGUUUCCAGUUCUUAUUGACAUUUACGCAGGUUAGAUAGAUAGAUAGAUAGAUAGAUAGAUAGAUAGAUAGAUAGAUAGAUAGAUAGAUAGAUAGAUAGAUAGAUAGAUAGAUAGAUAGAUAGAUAGCGCAGUGUACUCUAAAAUUAAAGCAUAGAAAGUUAGACUUACUUCUGACACUGUUAAGCUGUGCUUGAAGCUUUUAUCCUGCGAGGUGCUACUGGCUCUUAGAAAGUUGUCUUCUGAUUAUUCUUUCUGAUUACUUGUUCCCAGAAGAAGGGCAAUUUUAUAUAAUUCUGAAAAUUACAUUAUUUUUCAGCUUUUGGGAACCUGAAGUUUGUUUUUUUUUUUUAUAUAUAUUCAGAUUGUUUACUGCUUAACUUUGUACCAUUUCAGAUUUUCCGCUGCACUUCAACUGGGUACAUUUCAAUAACAAUUGGAAACAUGGGGGUGCUGUUUGACCAGUAGUGUAUAAAUUUAUCAAGUAAAAGAAAGAAGAUGCCUCAGUCCUGUAAGAGCCAGGUAAAUGGAUCACUCAAAACAUCAGAAUUUCUUUUCUGCUGAUGAGGAAUAGGCUGUUGGAAAAUAUAACUAGAAAUGGUUUAGCCAUUUGAUCAUUUGACAUUAUACAGGUCAGUGGAAUUAGAAAGCAUAAGCAGACUGCCUGACCAUGAAAAUCUGAUUCCCCUGCCAUAUGCCUGUUCAUGCUGCCUUGGAUUUCACAUUUUUAAAUUUUUUUUAACUUAAAGAAAGACUGAGUAAGUUCUGCCUGCAGUUGAUCUUUUAAUUCUCUGUUUUCAAAAGAAAAUACUCACUUUAUUAUAAUACAGGGUUGAAUAUACCUAAUGCUUCAGAAUCCCAAAUGUUUUGAACACUGACAUGACGCCGUAAGUGGAAAAUUCCUAACCGGUUGGCCAGUUCCCUGACAAGUGACAAGUAGCCGAUAUAAACUGACGAAAAACUAAAAACAUUCUCCAGUGCAAAUAUGCAACCCUGGCCCUGUUAAAAGGGAACUAAACUACAGUCAGUACAUCAUAUUCAUUACUUGUGAGGUUUAAGAUGUUUGUCAUGUUAUAUUAAACAGUUCUGUGGUAUGAAUUAUUAUACACACAAGUUGUCAUUUAGCUUGUUUGCCUACAUUUCCCUACUUGAUCAUGGGAGUCCCCAAAAUAUCUCAUGCAUAGCAUAUUUUUAUCAAUAUGCUGCUGCUGGAGUAUGUGAAUUUCCCCUUGGGAUUAAUAAAGUAUCUAUCUAAAUACUGUAUUCCAAUAUCCAAAAUAUCCAAAAUACUUCUGAUCCCAGGUAUUUCAGAUUAGGUAUACUCAACCAGUACUACUGAUAAUUCAUAGUUUGUUUGAGGAAAAAGAAGCUUUACUUGUAGAAUGAAUGUUCCAUAAUAGCAAUUCAUUAUGAAAUCCAAUUAUUGCCAGAAGGGAUCCUACUCUGUUGGGCCUUUGAUCAAGGGUAUUGUACCAUUAAUGGCUGACCCAGCACUCUGACCCCCAAAGGUCAUGUGAAAAGGCAAUUUCACUGUGGAGAUUAACAAAGUAUAUCAAAUACAAAAAAUUAAAUUUUUUCAGGCUACUAAAUUAGGAGCACCUAAGAAAAAAACUUCACUUACAAAAUAAUGUAAACUAUCAAAACGAAUGAAAGAUUUCAUGCUUUAUUAAGUAGAGGUAAGGACACAUUAAGUUUUAAAUGAAUAAGUUAUAAUGUGGGUGUGAACUUUUCCUUUAGCUUUAAACAUUUUCAAAUAGUGCUGCCUUUAAUUAACUGCUGAAGUUAUUUUUAUAACUACAUUAAUUUGAAUGGGUAAAAUUCUGUAACAGUCUUCUUUAACAUAUAUUUUAAAAAGUGUAUUACAAAUAUAUGGGCCAUUUGUAAAUGAGGAAAAUGCUUCAUAUUUUUACAACAUCUUAAUUUAGACAUUUUAAUAACAAGUAUAUUAUAGGAUAUGAUCUUCUAUUUUUCUCAAAAUAAAUAUUUUUUUAAGGGAAUCUCUUUGAAAAACUUAGAAACCACUACCAUGUUUGGGUGAAGUUUAAAAGUCAGCAGAACAUUUUAACUUUUCUGUAUUUCACCCUGAAAAUUUCUGAAACAAACAAUGAAAUGUUCUAUUAGUUUUCACAGUUUUAACAAACUGUUAUUUACAUUGAGGGUCCGAGAUCAUUGCUCUGCCCACGUAAGGCAUGUCGAUUGGAUAGUCCGUCAUAGUUGAGCCAAGAAGACAGCGGUUCUGCUCGCCAGAAACCUGCCACGUCACAGCUUCACUCCCCACCACUGACUUUGUAAAUGAUAUCCAGCAAAUCAUGUAACCGGCCUGUACUCCAAAAAUGGACAGAGAAGUAAGUAGACUCUUUUAGUUCUUUUGGGAUGGAUUUGAUCAGAAAAUGUGCCAUACACAAAAUAAGUUUGCCCUUAUCAAAUUAAUUGCACUCAUUUGUAAAGACAAUACCUAUUGCCUGUUAUCUCUAUUAAAUAUGGUCUUGGGAUGAUAGGAGCUGUUUUAUAACAAAAAAUACUUUUCUGCAGCUGACGGCAUUUAUAUUUCAUAGUCCAGUCUUUGUUCUAAAUACAAAAAUGGGGAAUUAAAAGGGUUCAUUUGUAUUUUGCUUUAGAAAUAAAUAACUGACAAUUGUUUCUCGCUUGCUGAUAUUUUCACCUGCAGUGGCAUCUUUUUUGUUUUCUGCAUUUCUAAUGUUUACAUAAAUGUCUUUCAGAUAUGUGUGGAGGGGAAAGGGGUGUACAAAAGAGCUAUAUUGUAAUAUGGGACAAAUAAAUGUACUGUUUGGUAAAAUAGAAA